UCUCUCUCUCUCUCUCUCUCUCUCUCUCUCUCUCUCCCCCAACUUAAAUGAGACGAACUCCGUCGUACGGACGCCGCCGCAACACCAGCUCCGAUGCUGGGACCACCCCUGACCGCCUCCCCUACGCAUCACCUGCCCCCUCAUCUUACUCUAACGCCUCAUCCACUGCAAGCAAGUCCAGUGCAGUCGCCGUCGCCGCUCGCUCCGUCGUCGGAGUCUUCGUCGGCUGCUUCACUCCUCCCGACACCAGAAGCUCGGCCAGCUUUGCCGACUCCUCCGAGGAGUUUAAACCUCCUUCCGUGUUUUCGGAUAACUCUGGAGCUGGGAGUGAGAGGAGACGCGCCUCUGGUUCGAGCCGGGGAGUUUACUCUAGUACGAAUAACUCGAGACAUGAGAGACAGGCUGGGAAUGUGAAGUUCACGAUGGAUGAAAUCUAUAGGGCCACUAAGAACUUCUCUCCCUCGGUCAAGAUCGGACAAGGCGGCUUUGGGACGGUGUACAAGGGGACGCUUGAAGAUGGGACAUCAGUUGCCAUUAAGCGUGCCAAAAAGAGUGUGUAUGACAAGCAUUUGGGUGUGGAGUUCCAGAGCGAGAUUCAAAUGCUGUCGCAGGUGGAGCAUUUGAACCUGGUCAAGUUUUAUGGGUAUGUGGAGUAUGAAGAUGAGAAAGUUGUGGUUGUGGAGUAUGUUCCUAAUGGAACCCUUAGACAACAUUUGGAUUGUAUGCAAGGCGACAUUCUUGACCUUACGGCGCGGCUUGACAUUGCAAUCGAUGUGGCUCAUGCUGUCACCUAUCUUCAUAUGUACACAGAUCAUCCGAUAAUCCAUAGGGACAUAAAGUCUUCCAACAUUCUCCUAACAGAGAACUUAAGAGCAAAAGUAGCUGACUUUGGUUUUGCUAGGCUUGCUGCUGAUAGUGAUUCAGGUGCUACUCAUGUGUCUACUCAAGUUAAAGGAACCGCUGGCUACUUGGACCCCGAGUACCUCAGAACCUAUCAACUUACAGAUAAGAGUGAUGUUUACUCAUUUGGUGUGUUACUAGUUGAACUGGUUACAGGCAGGCGUCCGAUUGAACCAAAACGGGAACUCAAGGAACGGAUAACUGCAAAAUGGGCUAUGAAGAAGUUUAGUGAUGGAGACGCUAUUCUAAUUUUGGAUCCCAGGCUGGAAAAGAAUGCAGCCAACAAUUUAGCCAUUGAAAAGAUUCUUGAACUAUCCUUGCAAUGCUUGGCUCAACGUAGACAGCACCGGCCUAGCAUGAAGAGGUGCGCGGAGAUCCUCUGGAGCAUCCGCAAGGACUAUAAAGAGAUGUUAGCUCCAGAUUUUCGCUCAUCUUCCACCCGUUCGCAGAGGAGCACUUCAACAAGAGAAGGGUGACAAAAUCAUAGAGCCUUCAAGUGAAGGCUCACAAUGAAUGGAUGGUUUAUAUGUAUAUGAGAGAUUGAACAGCAAGCAAGUUUUGUUUCAAGAAAGAACCAUACAGUGAAUAUGUGAGUAAGCCUCAGUAGAAAGCAAACUAAUUUCUUUAUACAAUGAUCUGGAGCCAUUGCUUUUCAAAGGAUACAAUCAGCUUGUUAUUACAUCCAAAUUAAAUUUGUUCUUUAGGUUUG